AUGACGUUCCUUUCCUUCUUCAAAGGCUCGAAGGCGCACAGCAACGCGGCGCCGGCUGCCGGUCCCGUUGAGGAGUUCUUCCUCAACCAAGCCCGCAGCCACGCCCACCUUUUCUCCCCUGCGCUCGCCGACGGCGCGACCCCCAACGAGCUCGCUCGCCGCCAGUUCAAGCCGGUUUUGCCGCCGGUGUUUUCCGCGGGCGCCGGCGUCGUCACGUCCGUGUGCAAGGAUACCGACCUCGUCAACGCUCAGGAUGAGACGAACAACGCGCCGCACGUGCUGUCUGAGCAGGACCAGCAAAUUCUGGCGAGCCUCUUCCCCAACACGAUCAACACGCCUUUCUGUCUGCUCUCGGCCGGCCAGCAGGCCUCCGCCGAGCCCCUCCGCGUCGGUGUCGUUCUCUCUGGAGGACAGGCCGCCGGCGGCCACAACGUCAUAUGCGGUAUCUUCGACUUCGUGAAGCGAGUCAACCCGAGCAGCACCGUGUUCGGCUUCCUGGGCGGCCCCCAUGGCGUGUACAGCCACGAAUACGUGGAGCUGACACCCGAGAUCAUCGACCGCUACAGAAACAUGGGCGGCUUCGACAUGAUCCGCAGCGGCCGUCACAAGAUCGAGACUGAAGAGCAGAAGGAAAAGAGUCUGGAAGUCUGCGAGAAACUCAACCUGAACGGUCUCGUGGUUAUCGGAGGCGACGACUCCAACACCAACGCCGCGAUCCUCGCGGAGUUCUUCAAGUCCAAGGGAAGCUCCACCUGCGUGAUUGGCUGCCCCAAGACCAUUGAUGGAGACCUGAAGAACCGCUUCGUCGAGAUCUCCUUCGGGUUCGACACCGCCUGCAAGACGUACUGCCAGGCCAUCGGCAACCUGAUGUGCGACGCGAUGACCCGCGGCAAGACGUACCACUUCGUGCGUCUUAUGGGCCGCAGCGCCUCGCUGAUCACCCUGGAGUGUGCUCUGCAGACGCACCCGAACUACACCUUCAUCGGCGAGGAAGUGCUGGCCAAGAAGCAGUCUCUCCGCGAGCUGGUCCAGGCGCUCGUCGAUCUCGUCGAGGCCCGCUACGCCAGCGGCAAGCAAUACGGCAUCGUGCUGCUGCCCGAAGGUCUCAUCGAGUUCAUUCCUGAGGUUGGCGUGCUCAUCAACGAGAUUAACCACAUCGUGGCAGCCGGCGACUUCGAAGUUUCGAAGCUGACGCCCGAGAGCCGCGCGGUUUUCGAGGACCUGCCGGAGUCCACGCGCCAGCAACUUCUCCUCGACCGUGACCCCCACGGAAACGUGCAGGUGGCCAUGAUUCACACCGAGAAGCUGCUCAUGCAGAUGACUGAGGCCGAGCUCGUGAAGCGUCAGUUCAAGGGCAGCUUCCACGCACAGUCCCACUACUUGGGCUACGAGGGCCGCAGCGGCUUUCCCUCGGACUUCGACGCCACCUACUGCUACGGCUUGGGUAACGUCGCCGGCGCCCUCAUCCAAAACAAGGUCACCGCCUGCAUGGCUGUCCUGAAGGACAUGAGCGCGUCGCCCAACCCCAAGGACUGGAAGGCGGCGGGUGUGCCCCUGACCAAGAUGAUGAACCUGGAGACCCGCAAGGGCAAGGCGAACGUCCCCGUCAUCAAGAAGUUCCUGGUGGACAUCGAGCGCCCGCUCUUCCGCGCCUUCGCUCAGGUUCGCGACGAGUGGCGCUUGUCGGACGUCUACCAGGUUCCGGGCCCCAUGCAGUUGAACACGCCGACACCAGUCUUGCCAUUCACGCUGACCGGCGCGCCGGAGCUGUCUGUCCUCCGCGCGCCUUCGGCGCAGCAGCGCGGACUGGGUCUCGCGCGGCUGGAGGGCGAGCCGGCGGUGAACCCGAUGCUGCUGCAGAAGGACACGGCGAUCGUGCCGCAGUGCCCGUGCAGCUCGUCGCAUCCGCGCAUGGACGCCUGGGCGAAGCACGUGCAGGAGCUCUUCCCCAAGGUCGGCGCAGAGUGCAAGGACUGCCUGGGUUGCUCGAGCAAACUGCAGAGGGACAAAAUCAAAGACAAGUGCAGCGUCGGCGUCGUCCUCCUCGGUCCAGAGCGCCCGGGCCAGUCCAACGUCCUCUACGGCCUGGUCAAGCACGUCGCUCUCGUCGGCGGCAAGGUCGUCGGCUUCAGGGGCGCCCGCGGCCUGCUCAAGAAUGAGCACGUCGCCGUCACCGAGAAGGAGGCCGCCGCCGAGAAGAACCAACCCGGCUUCAGGCUCCUCGGCCGCACCGAGGGCGAGGAGGCCGAACUGUGCACCAAGGAAGGCCUGAAGGCCGCCGCGCUGGCGAUCAAGGACUCCGGCGUUACCGCGCUGGUGACAGUCGGCUGGACUUUCCUCCACGCCUCUGUCCUCUCUGAGUACAUGGCAUCCCAGAACGUCGCGGCCCGCGUCAUCUGCAUCGAGCCCUCCGUCGACCUGGGCCAGUUUCCCCCUCGCGGAGCUCUCGAGCUGCUCAAGGAAAUCACUGGAAAGGACGUCGUCGCCGGCUCCAUCCAAACUAAGGAGUGCUGCCCAGCCAUCACUGCCGGUUUCACAGAGCUCGCGGGCUGCCGCGGUCUCGGCUUCGACACUGAGACCAAGGUUGGGUCGGAGAUGGUUGCGAACCUGUUGACUGACAGCAACAGUGCGGCCAAGUAUUUCUACUUCUGCCAAGUCUCUGGCGGCCUGGCGGCGGAAUCCGAAGUCGGCCUGCAGACGCACCCGAACGUCGUCAUCGCGGCGGAGACGUGGAAGAACAAGUCGCUCGCAGCGCUCAUCAAGUUCGUCGUCGAUGCCGUCAAGACCCGCGCCGCGGCCAAGAAGAACUUCGGUGUUGCGGUCAUCAACGAGAACUUUUUCGCCCUCAACAAGGAGCUGCGUCGUCUGGCCCUUGAGGUGCAUCUGCACUUCUUGGUGCACCCGCCGAAGCCCGCGACUGGCGUCUCCCUCGCGCUGAGCGAGGAAGAGGAGAAGCAGCUCGUGGAGGCCCUGUCUGGCGCCUCGCGCGACGUGUUCGUUUCCUUCCCCGUUGCCUUCCAGCACAAGCUCAUCCGCACCGUGGAAGUGCACCAGUUCCCCAAGGCGGUCAUGCGCUUCCCCGCCCACGAGCUCAUUGCCGCCAUGGUUGCGGACACGCUGAAGAAGGAGAAGGAGGCUGGCACGUUCUCCGGCAGCUUCUCGCCUCUCUGCUUCGAGUUCAGCGACUCCCUGCGGGCAUCUUACCCGUCGGUGUACGACUGCAGCCUGGGUGCGACUCUGGGUCACUUUGCGGCGAUUGCGGCGGUGGCGCACGCCUUGCCCACGCACGCCCUCCACGUGUCGGUGGCGAACCCGACGUGCCCGCCGAGCGCGUGGGAGCCGAUGCUAAUGACGCUGCCGGCUGGCGCGGCGCAUCUCCACGGCCUCUCUGCUGUCUCCGCGCCGGUGUGGACUUCCUCGGUGAGCGACAGCUCCAGCAAAAAGUUCGCCGGCGGCGUGGUCUGCGAGCCCGAGGGCAGCUCGCUCUUUGCGCUCUCCGACCUCUCCUGCGGCGGGUGCGCCAAGCAGCUGGCAAUGCUUGUGGAGGACGGCAUGAGCCAGACUGGCGGUUGGAUCGAGGGCGAAAAGUACUGCAACCCCGGCCCCCUCCAGUUCGGCGACGAGCCCAGAGACUUUUAUUACUCACGCGCUCUCUGGGAGGCCAUGAAGGGCGCGCAGGGCGGAGAGGGCUGCAACGCGGCCGCCUGCAGAGACCAGUAA